GUUUUAGUGUUUUUCUUGGCGAAAGGUGUUAUGGUGGACGACACGACAUGCGAUAAUAUGAAAUGUACCCAACUUAUACAUGGAUUGAACAGACUUGAUAAUCAGCAAAUAUGCAGGAAACUUGGAGAAUCAAUCGACUGUGUUGCUGAUUUUCUUGACAACUGUCAGGCUUUAACAGAAGAAAUGAAAGAAACUGUAAGAAACGAUGUUUUACGAAUGCGACAAGAUCACAGUGACAUAUGUCCGGUUACAACAGAAGAAGAAGAAGGCGGAAGGACCAUACCAGAUCAGUCAGGAAUCUGUGACAAUACAAAAUGUGCUGAAAUUAUAUAUGGAAUGAACUGGUUUGAUCAAAAGCAAAUGUGCAGUAAAUUUCGAGAGACACUCGAUUGUGUCGCUAACUUUGCUGAAAACUGCCCUGAUUUAACAGAAGCCAUUCGAACAUCUGUAAGAGAGGAUAACGUACUAAUGAAAGAACAAUUCAAAGAAAUGUGUCCAGACAUUGCAGUUGCAAUGAAGCCACAAAUAAGGGUACUGAUAACGCUCACCAUCCUACAGAUAUUAUUUUUGAAAUUAUACUAAGAUUUACUAUAGGAUAAAUAAAUCAAAUAAAAAUCCAAGGUU